UUUAAACCCGGAAGUGUGCAAGAUUAGCCCCAGGAAUAUAUUGACAUGGUUGUUUUCAUGCCAAUCUCGGAGGAAAAAAAAGUUACAUUGCUGCGAGCUCUUCCAAUCUAACGAGUUCGCCUUGAAACAUUUUAAAGACUUUUAAGAGCUUUAACACAACAUUUCAGGCGAGGGGAAACAAAGCCAAGGUCGAGGCAGCAGCAAUGGGGAGCCAACCAGGCCCAGUUCAGAUUGUGACGGUGUGCAAGGAGGAUCACUCCUUCACGCUGGACGAGGAAGCACUCGCACGUGUCCUCUUGGCCGCGGACGUGCGAGACAAGCACGUGGUGGUCCUGUCGGUGGCUGGCGCCUUCAGGAAGGGCAAGAGCUUUCUGCUGGACUUCAUGUUACGAUACAUGUACAGAAAAGGCGACGAAAAGUGGCUGGGUGACGAUGACGAGCCUCUGACGGGAUUCUCUUGGCGAGGCGGUUCAGAACCGGAGACGACCGGCAUCCAGAUCUGGAGCGAGGUCUUCCCCAUCCAGAAGAGUGACGGAACCGAGUUGGCAGUAGUGCUGAUGGACACUCAGGGAGCCUUCGAUAACCAGUCCACAGUGAAAGACUGUGCCACGAUUUUCGCCCUCAGCACCAUGACCAGCUCCGUUCAGAUCUACAAUCUUUCCCAGAACAUCCAAGAAGAUGACCUGCAACAGCUACAGCUUUUCACAGAGUACGGCCGCCUGGCCUUGGAUGAAAUCUUCCUGAAGCCCUUCCAGUCCUUGAUGUUCCUCAUCCGUGACUGGAGCUUCCCCUACGAGUACACAUACGGCUUUAAAGGAGGCAAUGAAUUCCUGGAUAAGCGCCUACAGGUCCAGGAGUCUCAGCACGAGGAGCUGCAAACGGUGAGGGAGCACAUCCACUCCUGCUUCACCAACAUUUCCUGCUUCCUGCUGCCACACCCUGGCUUGAAAGUUGCCACCAGCCCCACUUUUGAGGGGCAACUUAGUGCGGUGGCGCCAGAGUUCAAAGAGCAGCUGAAGAUGUUGAUCCCGAAUCUGCUGCAUCCUGAUAACCUGGCCGAGAAGGAGAUCAAUGGAAACAAAGUCACGUGCAGAGGCUUGCUCGAAUACUUCAAGGCUUACAUCAAGAUUUACCAGGGAGAGGACUUGCCCCAGCCUAAGAGCAUGCUCAUGGCGACAGCGGAGGCCAACAACCUGGCAGCCGUGGCAGCAAGCAAAGAUCAGUAUUACAGGAACAUGGAGAAGAUGUGUGGUGGGGACCUGCCCUACGUGUCUCCUGAGUCAUUGGAAGAGAAACACCAGUUCUACUUCAAGGAGGCUCUCUACUCCUUCUCCUCCACCAAGAAGAUGGGCGGCCAGGAGUUUUGCGACCGCUACCAAGAGCAACUGGAGAAGGAGCUGGAGGAGAUGUGGGAGUCGUUCAGCAAGCAUAAUGAGUCAAAGAAUCUGUUCAGCGCCUUCCGAACUCCGGCCGUGCUGUUCGUGCUGGUGUGCCUCCUGUACGUGCUCUCAGGCGUGCUGCUCUUCGUGGGCCUGUCCACCUUGGCCCUGGUGUGUGACUGCGUGCUGGGCCUGGUUAUGAUGUCCAUGGUGACGUGGGCCUUCAUCCGCUACUCGGGCCGCUACCGGGACGUGGGCGGAGCCAUCGACCAGGCGGCAGGCACUGUGCUGGAGCAGGCCACGGUGGUGCUGAACAAAUCGAGAGGGCAGAGCCUCCCUAACGUGAAGAAAUCCAGUUAGUGGACCUGCGAGGCUUUUGAUCAUCUCAACGGCACGCAAAGUUGCGCACAGCACAGACCCGCAUUCAGCACAAAAGCUUUAUCAUUGCAUCCACCCCCAGCCCCUUCAUCCCGACCAACCCUUUCUCUGGGAGAAACAUGCAACGAAGCACAAGAAAAGAAAUAUUCCCAAAAGCCAGCAUCUGUCUUAUCUGCAUUUGAACUUGUCAUGUUCAAAUCGGCAAUGACAAAAGCUGCCUGCUUUGAAAGCAUCUCACGUUCUGUUGAUCCUGCCGCGUUUACAAAAGGUUUAUUGGGACUUUUCAACCGUCACGGGAUUCUUUUUGCAAAAUUUAGUCAGCCACCUUAUUAAGAAGGCCGGCUUUUGGAGCUUUUACUGUAAAUGCACAUUUUAGCAGCUCACUUUUCUUUUUUACCCCCUUUUACCUUGUGCCUUGAAAGCAUUCCAGUCUCGUUGGAGAUAUAACAUUCCUGUUCAUGUUCAGUCAUCCACUUUCACUGAAGGAGGAAAUUGUUACAGUAUGCACUUUGUCAUGCUAAGCAGCACCAAAUGAGGCAACAGUACACGGCGAACACCUGCUAUUCGCCAAAAUAGGACAGUAAUUGAGCCUCCCCUUCCCCACACCUAUACACAAAAAACAAAACAAAAAAUGUUUAGAAUUGCCUAUAGAUGCCACAGAUUGCAGUAAAACACUACUUUUGUCUAAAAAGACCUCAACUCACUUCCUUGGCAUCAGGAUUGUGGCAAACAACUAUUUUUGUCUGAAUUAAGAUCCUCAAUUCACUUCAACAUAGUCCCGUGACAGGGAGAUGGCUAAACACAAUUGAGUUCAGUUACAUAGUUCUAUGGCCCCAAGAUGGUGGCAAAGCACUACAUUGGUCCAAGUGAAGCUGAGCAUCAACUCCUUUCAACAUAGUUCUUGAUAACAAGAGGCAAAUUAAUAUUUAAUUAGCAAAUUGGUGUAUUUUGAAAUGCCAAACCAUAAACAUACAAAAGUAUUUCAACCGUCUUAAAAAAAUCAUACAUUCCAAAUUCUCUGAUGACCAUUCGCUCCAUGUUACGCAAAAUAUUUUGAUACAGAAAACAUUUUUAGAUGCUUUUUUUUAUAAUAGGAAGCGCUUUCUGCGAUGUUUGCAACUCAAACUGUUCUAUUGAUUGACGAACAUCGACUAAUUUAAAGAUAUAGUGACUAGAUAGCCAAAGACUUAGCUUCGCUUUUGCAGCCUCUUUGAAUUAGCCCCUUUGUUGCUAUAAGGAAUAUACUGUAUGUAAAAGACUGUUUUGUUCACAAGAUUUUUUCUUGCAGCAUAUUCAAAAUUAUUAGUGUUUAAGUGAUGGAGGAUGAUGACAGAAAUGUGAUUGUGCUGCAGAUGGACGUAAUGGAGAUUUUCACUUUGGUGACAAAGCAAAUAAACAAUUGGAUCAUUCAACAUUUGAUUUUGUUGUUCAAAGCAAAUAAACAAUUGGAUCAUUCAA